AAGAAAUAUUGAUGGACGUAGAAUCAUUUGGCUGAUUUAGAGUGACGGUCCACUUUAUUAUGAAGAUCACUAGUUAAUGCCAUGUGACAACUUAAAAAAUAUGACUGCAAAUUUCAGUUUUGUCUUUACUUAUCAAAAUCCGGGAUCCCGCGUGAACAUUAUUUUAGCCUGAAACAAUGAUGAAUAGCUGAAUUUCUUAAACGGUUAAAAUGAGUGCAAGAAGAAAGAAAAAGGACGAGAAACCGCCUCCUGCUAUAGGACCAGGAAGUAAGAUCAUUUCCUUACCCGAUCCUUUGAAGAAGCAUGUGAAACGAGUUGGUGAUACUAAGAAAGUCCAUCUUAAAUUUGGUAAUUGUAACUACAAGUCUUUGCCAAUAGAAAUUUAUAACAAUGAAGAACUGAGUCAGCUGACCAUACGCUUUACAGCGGAAAAUAACCGUAUGAAGAGAUUACCGAAGGCAGUUUCAGCGCUCGAAAAUUUGGAAUACAUAGACAUUGAAAAUAAUGCUUUGACUGCUUUUCCGGGCUCCGUGGCCAAAUUGAAGAAAUUACAAAUCUUAAAAAUUGAAAAUAAUGACAUCAAGAAGUUACCACCAUCAAUACAUAAAGCCACAGGACUUAAUAAAUUACUGGCAUCUAAUAAUAGAAUCAGAGCUCUUCCAAAAAAUAUUGGCAAGUCACCGGCUACAUACGUGGAUGUUUCUGGUAAUCUUAUUAAAUCGUUCAAAAAGGGUGUGUAUGAAAUGACGGCAGAGAUCAAUCUUUCAGACAACAGACUGACGGAAAUGCCACCAGCAGCCGUGAAGAAGCCGAAUAUCCAAAAAAUGAUUCUCUCUAAUAAUGGAAUAUCAUACAUACCAGAAAACAUUGACAAACUUCAGAGGCUGACUUGGCUUGAUUUGUCAAACAAUUCUCUACAAGAGCUACCAGCACAAUUAGGUGGCAUCAAAUUCCUCCAUUUUUUGGAUUUGAGCAAUAACAAUAUUAAAAAUCUACCAGAAGAGAUUUGUAACUUAGGAUAUGCUCUGGACACUCUCAAUAUUGGGAACAACGAGAUACCAUUACUACCACAUGAUAUGAAUAAACUGAAAAAGUUGCGCGUGUUUCAUGCACAAAACAACCAGGUUGAGUACUUACCAGAGGGUAUCCGAGAGUUACCGUGUCUUAACAUUUUAGACGUGUCACAUAACAAUUUAAAUUCGAUGAAAUUUGCUGUUUAUUUAAAACAGCUUGAAUCUUUAAACAUUUCAAAGAACCAAGUUGAAGUGAUUCCGGUUGAAAUCGAUCAUAUGAAAUCUUUAGUAACGCUGGAUAUCUCUUGGAAUAAAAUCAGAGAACUCCCAGAUUCAGUAGGAAAUGUGAAAACAAUGAAAUCUUUAAAUGUUGCCGGUAAUAAACUGCUUAUGUUGCCUGAAACUCUAGGACAAGAACAGGUUCUCACUUUCUUGGAUAUAUCCAACAACAAACUUACAGCCAUCCCGCACGAUCUGCGCAAACUUAGAAACCUUGAAACUUUUAACCUAAAUAAUAACGAGGUCGCUGCGAUACCAAGAUCGAUUGACUUUCUAUAUCAACUACGCUCAUUAAAUGCUGCAAGCAAUGGAAUAACAGAGUUGAACGUACCUAAAACUUUGACAUCUUUGGACUUGUCAGAUAACCCUUUGACAAUAAAUCCAUCAGAUCUACGUUCAGCAUUGGUUGUAAUUGGCGACAAGGAUCAUUUACGAAACAUUACAUCACUUACACUAUCCAAAUUAAGCAUGGAAGAAAUCCCACCAGCGGUAUUUAACAUGAGGUGCUUGAAACAUUUGGACGUAUCGGAAAAUUCAAUCAGGAGUUUAACGGACUUAUGCAAGCUUAAAUCUCUAGAAUCGGUAAAUGCAAACCAAAACGAGUUGACAGCUGUACCCUCAAAGAUUGGAACCAUGAUCAAGUUGCAAAAACUAACUGUUUCAAACAAUGGUAUUACGGAAUUCCCGCCUACUGUUGUACAACUGGUGUCGUUGAAUCACUUAGACAUGUCUUUCAACAAGAUGAGCUUACUACCGGAUAAUUUUGGCGAUAUGAACAAAUUGAUUUUGCUUGAUUUGUCAAACAAUGAGUUGGUGAAUUUUCCAAAAGACCAAAUUGAUGUUUUUGCAUCACUGUUAAGACUCAAUGUCUCAAAGAAUCACAUAGAUGCUAUGCCCAUUGAAUUUCCAUACCUAUACCGACUAAAAGUGCUUGAAGUUGGUUGUAAUGAUUUGAAGUCAUUGCCAAAUGAUUUGGAUAAAAUGAAAAAUCUUGAACUUUUAGACAUUUCGGACAACAUUAUCGAAGUUUUACCAGAGAGAAUAUGCAAGAUGCCAGCACUUAAGAAACUGGAUUGCUCGGACAAUAAGAUAACCAAAGGAUUUCCGAAAGCGUGGGAAAAUAUGAGACAGAAAUGCACCAUCACAUAUGAUAAUCAGUCAUCAUUCAAAUCUCGGGAAUCAAGAGAAAGACCGUCGGAUAAGGAAGCAGAAACACAGAUGAGCCCGAAGGCAAAGAAGAAAGGUAUUGGAAAAAAGAAAGUCAGCCCUGUAGGUACUCCACCUAUAAGAGUGAAAUCCAAAAGCAUGAAAUCAGCACCUCCUUAAAGUCACAAGCGUCCAUUCAAGGAUGUCUGAAGAGUGUUAAUAUAUUUGACCUUUCUUAGACAUUAAGGCGUGAUUGGUCGAAUAUAGCAACGAGAAGCGUGCUGUCAAGUGAGAAGAACUGAAGUUCGACUUGCGUGAAGUCCUGACAUUAGUGGUUGUCUCGACCGUAGUUUAAUUACUACAAAGUGCUAGCCGGACCGUCUGAUAGUUACAUGUAUACUCGUUCACUUUUAGUUUGCAAUAGUUAACUGCAAUAGUAUUUAUAUAAGUAUACAAUUAUGCUUGAUAUUACAGUUAAGUUUAAGAUAUUUGAAAAUUGAGAACAUUUAUAUUCUUCUUUUUAGUCGUAAGUAAUUAUGUUGUGACUGUCAUCAAAAAUGUUUGGUCGGAUGAAGUACCAAUACAUUGAAUUACUGAAGUAUAUUUUAAUGCCAUGAUUGGCAACCUUUGUAGUCUAGUCGGUGCUUUUUCAUGAUAAUAUUUUAAACUGUUCAUUUUAUUGAUUUAAAUUGUAUUGUUGUUCCAAAGAACCAGCAUUUUUUUUAAUAGGUGAAUUCUAAGAAAUAAAAAUAAUAAUCACAUAUGAAAUUGGCGAAAAAACCGUAAUAAAAAUCUCUUUUCCUUUUUGUCAUUGACAACAUUGUUAUCUCGAUUAAAAUUUUCUGAAAUAAGUAACAUCAACGGAUUGUCUGUGUCGUCAAAGACAAUAUUAUUCCUAUUUUGUAUAACUGUUGGUGAUCGACUGGGUCUCUAGAGACGUUGUACUUAUCAAAUAUCAAAUUGAAUGUUUCAUCAAACAUAUUGUUAGGCCUAGUUACCCAAAGAUGACUGUUAUUUAAUAGGCUUUUUCUGUGAUACAGAAGUCUUGUUACUGGCUUCUGCUUUAAUGCAUUUAUAUUGUUAUAGUUUUAUUACAUUAAAAUGAUUCUUCUUCUGA